AUGACAGGAGGCUUCUCCAGCCUGCCAGGGGCUGAGGAGGGCGGCCUCCACGGCGCCCAUCUCGCAGGUGUCGCCAGGAUCCUCGGUCCUCGCUGGGCACAGCUGCCCGCUAUCACCAUCGGCCUGCUCGGUGUCCAGGUCUUCUGGUCGGUCGAGAUGUCGUACGGCACGCCCUACUUGCUCUCCCUCGGGCUCUCCAAGGCCACCGUGGCCAUGGUCUUCCUCGCCGGCCCCGUCUCCGGCCUCGUCGUCCAGCCGCUCAUCGGCGUCAUGGCCGACAACUCCAAAUCGCGCUUCGGACGCCGGAGACCAUACAUGGUCGUCGGCUGCAUCAUCUGCACCUUCGCCCUCCUCCUCCUUGGCUUCACCCGCUCCUUCGCCUCAAUAUUCACCGCACUAAACACACUUGCUAAUGAUACAUUAACCAUCUGGCUCGCCAUCUUCGCCCUAUUCACCAUGGACUUUUCCAUCAACGCUGUUCAAGCUGUGGACCGCGCCCUGAUAGUCGACACCCUCCCACCCGUCGAGCAAGCCGAUGCGAACGCAUGGGCCGCCCGUAUGCUCGGCUUCGGAAGUGUCGCCGGGUACUUUAUCGGCAACGUCGACAUGACUGCCGUAUUUCCCUUUUUCGGCAGCAACGAGAUUCAAGUUCUUGCCGCUGUCGGCGCCAUCCUCCUAGUGUUCACGCACGCGAUUACCGCCAUCUGCACCAAAGAGAAAGUCGUCAUUGCCACAAGGCGGAAUGACAAAAGUUUCCUCAAGGAACUCCGCGACCUCUGGGGGCACGCGUUUUCCCUCCCCCCGGUUAUCCGGCAGAUAUGCAUGAUCCAAUUCUUUUCCUGGGUAGGGUGGUUCCCUGUCCUCUUCUACACCUCAGCGUUCAUUGGGGACCUCCACAAACGCACAUCAGUCCUCCCAUCUGGCGACCCGGAGCUCAACGAUGAAGCGACACGCCUUGGUACACGUGCCCUCUUCUACUCCUCACUCGUCACUUUCGCUGGCAACAUCCUUCUACCCUUAGUCGUCGCCGAGUCAGCACGAUCCAGGCGGCUUUUGGAGCGCAAGUUGGCGGGCUCCCCCAAGAGCAACUUGCUUGCGCUGUAUGAACGUCUCAAAGUCAGCCUAUCGACCCUUUGGGCGGCGAGUCAUCUCGUUUUCUCCCUCUGUAUGCUCGCCACCUUUUUUUACUCAAGCGUCGCGGGCGCGACGUUCUUCACGACACUGACAGGAUUCUCUUGGGCUGUCACUCAAUGGGCUCCAUUCUCCCUCCUCGCCGAAGCCAUCCUCACGGAGCAAGUACCGGGUGAAGAGGGCCACGCCAUAGUGUUGAACGACACGCGCACCCGGCGUUCCGUCAAUUUCGGGGGCGACGACGACGAACGCCAAUUUCUUGUCGGCAACGAUGAAGACGAAGACGAAGACGAAGACGAGCUGCAGCCGACCCCCGACCAGCCACGCCUGCCACCGAGCGCUCAAGAAGGAGACGUGUGCUCCUUCUCAUCCAACGACUCCAUGGACUCGAACGACGGCGAUCUCAUGAAGCCGCAUCGACGCACUUCCUCGCGCGACCGCACUUCACGUAGCCUCUUUAUGCACAAUGGCGCGGCGCGGACGAGCCACGUCGACAUGCACAGCGCCGCAGAGGAGGAGGUGACGAAACCACCGUCAGGCCUCGCCUCGAAAGUGGGGAUCAUCAUCGGCAUCCACAACAUCUUCGUUGUCAUCCCACAGUUCAUCAUGACCGGUAUCGCGUCCGUGACCUUCGCCCUCCUCGACCCGACCUCGGGCGCUCCCGCAGAUUCCGCGACCCCCUCCGCCAACAGUACUGCAGCCCCCGCGCUCGUCGUUCGCGAGGGACCGUUGCCCACGGCUUCGGCAAAUUCAUACGUCAUCAUAUACAGGCUCGCUGGACUUUCGGCCCUCGUCGCCUUCGUACUUACACUCCGCCUCGGACGCGAGUUGCGCCAUCACUAG